GGUCUGCUUUUAAACUUCAGAGCGCCGAUCUUUAACUGUAGCAGACAGAUGCUUCCCUGCUGUAUUCAUGUACUACACAGUCACAUUUUAUCGUGUGAAUAUAAAUUGAAACUUCACACUGAUUUGUAAACGUUGUCUGAAGACUCAGCACAAUUGCUGGCAUGCAGAAUGCAAACCCAAUAGAGGAGGCGGGAGGCGACACAUCCUGUGAUGUGCCCUGUCUCCAGAAACUUGACUCCCCAACAGGGAGCCCUCCCAAACAAGCCUCUCUCGCAGAUAUGAUUGAGUUUGAGAAUUGCGUUUCCAAUCUCAGCCUUGCACAUGAGAUAGUGAUGAACAGAGACUUCAGCUUCAGACAGAACAGCCCCCCCAAAGACAGCUUGCAAGGGAGAAUAUCUGACAUAGUUCACAGUGCUUUCUGGGACUGUCUUCGUGAGCAGCUUUCAUGCAGCCCUCCAGACUAUGUCCAUGCUGUCAUUCUGAUCCAAGAGGUGAAAACUACCGUGCUGUCCUUGCUCCUGCCUGGCCACGUGCGUCUGAAGGCACAGGUGGAGGAGGUUCUGGACCUGGAGCUGAUCCAGCAGCAGGCAGAUCACGGGGCCCUGGACCUGCAAAGAUUGUCAGGCUACAUCAUCAAUACCAUGGCCUCCCUGUGUGCCCCUGUACGGGACCCAGAGAUCAAGACACUACGGGAUCUUUCGGACCCAGUAGAGCUCCUCAGGGAGAUCUUCAGAGUCCUUGGCCUGAUGAAGACAGACAUGGUCAACUUCACUGUACAGAGCCUCAGACCUAAUCUUCUUCAGCAGGCGGUCCAAUACGAGCAGGCCAAGUUCCAGGAGGUCCUGGAGAAGCAGCCUGAGUUCCUGGACAAGACCACCGUUUGGCUUCAGGUGGCAGCACGAGAGGAGGCAUUGGUCAGUGCCCAGUCUGACCUUGACACUGGGACUCCCAAGCCAUGUGGUCCAUUAAGUCCUACUGCCGUCCUGAACAGGGCUUACCUGCAACUGCUGAGCUGGGACCCCCAUGACCAGAACUACCCUGAGACAGUUCUGAUGGACAGAGCCCGCAUAGAUGCACUGGGGCAGAGGCUGAGUCUGCUGGUUCUUGAGGCAUCAGUUCUGCUGUUGACUAGCACACAGUGUGGGGCCGCUGUUUUCUCUCUGCAGGGGUUUGUAGGUAAACUCAAGCAGACCAUCACUGCCCUGCUGGAGGGCAGUCACAACAGGGACUUUGACCUGCAGGGGGCGUUGCUGGGGCUGAGGGAGCAGGUGCUGGUGCAGGUGAAGGAGGCUCUGAUCACCCAGGAAGGACCAGCGCUGCCUCAGGACAGUGAAGAUUUGCUUAUGGGACAGAUCUCAGACCUGGCCAAGGACAACAACCCCAUCCACACUCUCAUAGGAGAAAGAGUGCAGGGCUACCUCCAGGCCAUGCUAGAGGGAGGCCCCACUAAAAAGAGUCCGUCCAUGCCCCCUGCCCUGAGGCUGCUGAGUGCUGAGGUGGCAGAACUGGGAAUGGCCUUUGGACGAAUAGUCCAUUUCAACCGCUCAGUUUUCGGCCCCUUCUACGUCCCCAUCCUAAGGAAGAUGCUGUUUCCAUCGGGAGAGGCCGAGAUGGGAGAGGACUCCCGCUAGUCCUCCGAACAUCUCCGGUCCCCUGGAUAAGCUGCCAUUCAACAUUUACACAUUGUAGAGCAGGGUUCCCAAACUGGCGACCUGCGGGCCAAAUCUGGCACGCCAACAAUAUUAUUUGGCUCCCCCAAAGACCCCCAAAUUAAAUGUUAAUAUUUUUUAAAUAAAAAAAAUGUAUACAAAUCUCAUAUCCGAUAUGCAAAACCCCCCAAAUGCAAUGUCCCAAGAAGGAAGUUACCCUACCUAAAUAAUGCAAAAGUUAAGUUUUAACUUCAUUCAUGAGGAGAGAAUGCAGGAGACAGUCAACUAAUAAAGCUGGCAACGACCAUUUUGUGGUGCUGAAACUUAAAGCUGCAACCACAGCACAAUCAAUAGGAGGUGAACAGCACCUGGUGCUGAAAAUAUAGCUAACCUGUUAUGCAAGUGUUGCACAACGACAGAUGGAGAAAACCUACACCAGUCGAGUAAUUCAUUUCAACAAUAAUAUUCAUUUUAAUUUGACUUUACAAACAAGAAGAGGGCUUAAUUGUCUUCUGAGCCAAGGCCUACAUAAAAUAACAACUGGCUGUGGUAUGCCAUAAGGCUUAACAGCAUCUUUCACAAGAAAAAAUUAUAUGGCCGAUGCCAUUUAGGUUCGAUGCUGUGAUGCUCAUUUGCAGGGGAUACUUCUGACCGGUUGGAGGGGAAAUUGGUGGAAGACCUCCUGCAAUGAGAUCAAGGUCAGGUCAUUUGACCUCACUCAUCCAGCCACUCGGGUCAUGUGACAAUGUUGAUGCCCAUUCUGUGUUUUAUAUAUAUAAAAUGCACAUUUAAAAAAAAAAAAAAAAUGUUGUCCACGUCCAAGACUGCAGCCAUGAGUUCAGUUAUUGAAAUUCUGGCAUUAUGAGAUGCGUAUUAAAAAAUAAAUAUGCACAAAAAAAUCAUUCCAAAGACAGUUUCAGAAGUGGGAUUUUUUUUUUUUUACAAGGUCUCCUUUCAAUUGCAACUGGCCAAAAAUGGAGCAUCCUAGAUUAAA